CUAGUGGAUAAUAUCGAAUUCACAUUUUCUGAUUUGCGCUGAAAAGAUUGAGAGGUUAGGUUGUUCGACAAUAACAACGCUCUGUUAGCACUAGCGACGCCUUGUUGACUGGUUCCGCGUGGGCAGAAGUGGGUACCGAGCGCUCUAUAGAGAUUAUAGUUGAGUUGGAGUAGGCUGUUUUGGAUGAACAGGAGCACGUUCAAAGGUUCUAAGAUUUAUUGGUCGUUUUCUGUUUCCAAAUUCCUCAAACGCGCUUUCUAAGACUCCAUAUCUCAUACUUUUAAAAUUAUGGGAAUUUUUCUGCUGCGACAACUAUACCAAAUAUUUAAAUACAUUAAAAAUAGAUGAUAAAAUAAUUUCAUCUAGAUAGCACAAUCAAGUGAUAAAUGUGGCAGCCAUAGGGACCCAACGCAUUCACAAGUCGUCUACGCGACAGUAUAACUUACCAGCACAUCCCUGAAUUGGAGGAUUGCGGGGCAACCGCGGAUUUCCAAUUUAUCAACGAUAUUUUUGAGAAAUGCUAGCUGUUGGCCCUGAUAACAUUGACUACAGGAUAUAUUUUAUGGGACGUCGACAGUCGUAUUUGAGGCAUCAAACAAAAUUUGUUUGUAAAACCGCCCAAUGAUGACUUGCUUGAGGUAAUUCAGGAUACACUCGACAAAUUGAACGCUUGGGAGCAGCACGUCAGAGCUUGGGAAAUCCUAUGGCAUCUAUUUCUGAUCCAAGACAGCGCUCAAGGUCUGCGUCUGACAGUGGAUAUUGUGGACGAUUUGAUGCAUGAAUACCAGGACCCUUUUGUUUUCACGAAUAAAAUUAAUCAGGAUGCUCUCUCCCUCCCUCUCCUCUUACACUCUGUACCAAUCAGUAACCCAGCUAGCAGAACUCUACACGUCUUCCAUUUAUUCUCCACACCCUGCGACUCUCUUCCUUUGCCCUCCUUUUCCUUUCCCUAAACACCAUCCCUUUCUUUCCCCACAUUCACCACUGUCAUCAUCAGCCUCGACCCCCUUUUUCAUUUUCGACCCUCUCUUUCACUAUUUCCUAGCUUCUCUUGCAAGCCUAAAAUGAACAGGCUUAACAGUAGUGGAGUGAGAGAGCAGCCCUGCCUCAUCCGCCUUCAUCCACUUCAUUUGUCUUUUUAACUCUAAGCAUCAAAAUCCAUUUACGGAUUUUAGUUGCCUAAUUAUACCAAUUAACACUCCCGAAGUGGUUGCUUUCAAUAAUUUUACUAAUGACAAGCGUCGCUUGCGUUUCUCGGACCAGAAUUCGAGGGUUUCACCUGUUCUUUCAAAUCCUUGCAAUUUUUCUCCACAAAAUGUAAGUUUUUCUUUCUGUUAUCAAAUAAUAUACUAAUAUUGAAUAGUUGCUUAUAAGUUUUUUAUUCUUUCGACCAAACAAUAUAAAUUUUCAAUUUGAAUAAUAGAAUAAUGUUCUUUAUUUUCUUUAGUGUUACAAACAAGACAUGUGUUUUACACCUUCUCCACUUGCUCCGUUCUUAAUUUACACAUUCAAGAAAAACUAUUUAUAUAGGGUUUUGGACAUGACAGCCCCCGCUCAGAAUCAUUAUUGCAAUCAGUUGAAAUUGAUUUUGAGGAGUGUCUGCAAUUUCGCAUGAUUAGGUGUAACUUGACCUGGUUGGUUUCCUGUAUCUCUCGUAUUCAUUUCAGCUAUUCUUCGGGUAAGGAAUACCGUUUGCUUUGUUUCAUUCGGUCGAGGAAUCCGAUCAAAUUUCUGCUGGCUUGCAGAAAUCGUCCGGGGUAGUUGGUUUCCGUCACAGUUCCUUGGUACACUUUAUUCAGUUUACUUCUGUCUUUCUUCGUGACAGGAGUUUUAGUAUGUCUUCGAAAGCCCGUCGUAUUCGAAAUGCUCCCGGGGAGUUGAGAGUUUUGUUGUCACGGUGUGAUCAGCCUGGACCGGAUGGUGUGCAGGUGUCUCCCGGUCUUUUGCCAUAUGUUGAUAUGGUUUUGGGGAAGAAUCCUGAUAUUUUUAAGUUGAUCAAAAUUUUGAAUGAGCAGUUUUUUGGAGGUGGGGUGCGUGGGUACACCUAUGUUCGAUCUAACCGGAGGAAGGACUGUUUCAGUUAUACGAAUUUUACAACGAAAAUAGUUUACUUGCAAGAGUUCCUGUUUUCCGCUGGACUAUGUAGAUCAGUGUUAGUUCGCAAGCUCUUGCAUGAGAUGAUCCACGCGUUUUUGGAUACCUCUGGCGCGGAUAGAAACGAGAAUUCUGAACAUGGGCCGAUUUUUAAGAAAGAGGUGACCCGGAUAAACAGGCUACUAGGAUGUGACCUUAUGGAUGACAGUGACGUUUCUUGGGAUAGGUUACGGGUUUUGAAUCUGGAUAAACUUUUUAUCUGUAAUAAAUGUGGGAAGAAAGUGUUUCGCGUCUUAUCUCGCCCGCCGGGACCUGAUGAUUUUUAUCCUUGGUAUGAGAGUCAUCGAGAGAGAUGUGGGGGUGCCUUUAUUUUGAGGCUCAAUGGGGUGGUCUGAAGUUUGGAAGGAUGAUUGGGGGUGAGGGAGUCCUCCCAUAAUUUUUGGGACAUCAGGCCAUAGCAUUACGAGGAUCUUGCGCAUCGAACGAAAGUAUUUUUGGGACUGUCAGCCGAAAGUUGGCCCAGUAUUGGCGAUGUUUAUGGAGAGUCUAUCUUUGAUUUCGGAGUGUUUCUGUUGUAUGUCACGAAUUUUGAAUAUGUUUUGAUCGUAUUGAUUCCGUUUGGAUUAUUAUAGACAUUUUCUGUAAAAUAAAUAGUUUUGGUCGGUGGCUGUGAAUUUCCUCUUACACAUGUUUCUUUCUAUUCUCUGUUUGUUGAGUAAGUUUAUUUUUCCCCAU